CUUGAUAGCGCUCCCAGUCAUAAUGAUGACCAGGUUUUAGGUACGGCAAACAAGGCUUUAAAGCCAGGCCUAAACCCAGAACCUUUCCCAUCUCUCCAUCUCCAUUGACAUUCUCCCAUUUCAUCUCUCGUACAUAUAAAUAGCUCUACAACUACAUAAAUAGAAUUUCGCCAUGUCUUUUGCCGCAAUUAAAUCCCUCCCAACCACGACUGCAGGACCCGUUUCCUCGACAUCCGCCGCCGCCCGUUUCUCACUGACGUCUCCGGUCGACCAAUUCCAGAAUCGCCGUCGCCGAUUAUACAUUGCUGUUCCUGGAAAUCAAUCAAUCUGCCGGCGGCACGGGUGCAGCAACCGCCGCCUCCGAAUCCGGGCAAUCGACGCCGCCCAGCCGUACGACUACGAAACGCAGAUCUCGAACGUCUUCCACAACUCAAACAAGCUGAAAAUCGCGGUAGUAGGGUUUGGGAACUACGGGCAGUUUCUCGCCAAGGCAUUCAUCCGCCAAGGCCACACCGUGAUUGCUCAUUCCCGCACCAAUUACUCCCAAUUGGCCCAAUCGAUCGGCGCCUCCUUCUUCAUCGACUCCCAUGACCUCUGCGAGCAGCACCCUGACGUCAUCCUCAUCUGCACCUCCAUCAUCUCCACCGAAUCAGUCCUCCGAUCCCUUCCAAUCCAACGGCUGAAGCGCAACACCCUAUUCGUCGACGUAUUAUCGGUAAAGGAGUUCCCUAAGAGCAUUUUUCUCCAAUUGCUGCCCCAUCAUUUCGAUAUCCUCUGUACUCACCCCAUGUUCGGGCCCGAGAGCGGGAAGGGCAGCUGGGAGGGAUUGCCAUUUGUUUUCGACAAGGUCAGGAUAAUAGGAGAUGAGGAAUGUAGAGUUUCUAGGGCAGAAAGUUUCCUUGACAUUUUCGCCAAGGAAGGGUGUAGGAUGGUGGAGAUGAGCUGUGCUGAGCAUGACAGACAUGCCGCUGGCUCCCAGUUUAUCACACACACUAUGGGGAGAGUGUUGGAGAAGCUGCAAUUGGAACCGACUCCGAUCAGCACAAAAGGAUACGAGAGGUUGCUUGACUUGGUGGAGAAUACAGCUAGUGAUAGCUUUGAUUUGUACUACGGCCUGUUUAUGUACAAUAAGAACGCAAUGGAGCAGCUAGAGAGGCUUGACCUGGCAUUCGAGUCGUUGAAGAAUGAGCUGUUUGGGCAUUUGCAUGAGAAGCUAAGGAAGCAGUUGUUUGGGAAGGCAGAGGAGGCAGAAGGGGUGAGAAUUGUGCUAUCUAAGUUGCCUAAGAAUGGCUAUGCAUUGCCACCGCCGCCUUCUUCCGAUCCUUUGACAACCCAAAACAAUUGAGCAAAUCACUAGUCUUAUACUACGUAUUUGUUAUUCUUGGGCUGUUUGCUCUGUUGUAACUAGUGCAGGAUGAUGAUAUCUCUAAACUCCAUGUGUAGGUUAUUUCUUUUUCAAGCAAUGGCAUGUAAUUCGUUCGUAUUACUUGUGCGUUUACUACUUUUCGAUAAUAUUGGUUCUAGUGAUCGUGGGAAUUUUUGGUUUUUAUCUAUGUUCAGAAACAUAAAUGGAUGCUUUUGUAGCGAUUAGCUCAAUUGAAAUGAAUAGUCAUUGAAUAAGGAAUUGGUUCUUUGCACCUCAA